CACACCUUUCCUUAUUGUCUCCUUUCCUUUGGCACACUCUUCACUUUUUAUCAUUCGUUGGUCGAGAAGCUAUCGCCAAUCAGCAUGGCUUCUGCCAAGGGCCGUCUUCGCCCUAUUUGGCAUUGACAUUGAUCAUUCCUAUCCAGCAAGCGGGCCUACUUAUCAUUUCCAUCUUGAUCACGGAACUCCUCAAUCCUUCAACUCCCUCACAUUUAGAACUCAUAGAGAAGGUUCCAUCUCCGAGCUAAGCUGCUGACUGCUUGUGGAUCUAUGCAGUCAACACGAUUCUGACGGGUUUCGAAGCCAGACCGUCGAAAAAGUGUCAACAACGCGUCGGAUUGAGGUCUGCAUAUCGCCUUCCUUCUCGUCAGUCAUCGCCUUGGUUUCCAUGUCCAAGGUUCAUAUUUUUCUCCAACACGACCCAUCCAUCGCUUCCAACCCGCGUAUUGAGAAGAACAGAGCUCCUUGUGCACAUAUUGCCAUAUUGGUACCAUGGUCACACACUGAGACAUCUCAUGGCUGGAGCUGCAGUCUACAGAUACCAAGACACCCAAAGGUCGUUUUCUCGGCGACUCAGUGACCAGGCAUUGGCCAACAAGAGCGCUCGGAUGAAUUUCUACCGCUCCCUGUCUGCAUAAAGGCCAGGCGACGAUGGCCUUCCCAGAUAGGGUGAAGACCGCCGACCUUCUCCUGGUUCAGACUUCACACCCUCCAGACCAGCACAUGGAAAAUUGCGAGCAAUGCAACCCAUUCUGGUCGAGAUGCGGUGGCGACUAUAGCUAGAACCACCAUGACUGUGAGAUACGGGUGAUCUCGCAUCCACCCUCCCCCUCCUUGUCAUCAUGGAUAUACUCCUGGACAGCAGGAAAACCUUCAAGAUCGGCGCGCAUUCACAUUUGCAAGCGAUAAGGACUUUUGGGGAGAGAGUGUGCGAAAGGAAAUCCGGGGAAGAUGGCAAGCUACCCUUCUUAGACCAAACCAGGUUUAACAAGCCAAAGCCAGCACUGGUACUAUACCCAGGGGCCAGGCACUGCGACUGAUAUUGAAAGAGAUACUGCAUCGGCCAUACAGUUCAGCGUUACAUCUUGUUCCAUCCGGGACUACUUCCCCUCCCAAAGUCUAGCCGUUUGGAUAGACAAGCCGUAAAGCGUCCAUGUUGCAGCGCCGAUCUUGACUACACCGGCCCCGGUGUUUCAUAUAACAGACGCUUGACCUGCUCUCAACUUUUCGCCAUGGACUCGAAUCCGAGUCUCAACAGCAGCCCUUUUCGGGGGCUUCAGCCCGUUCUUCAGGACAUACACUCUCCUGUAGGUUAAACCACGACAAUGGCGACCUCGACCGCAGCAAGAGAAGACAAGGUGUGGGAGUCGCGCGCCCAUGUGCCGAUUACAGUCGUGACGGUGGUGCUGGGCUUCGCUACGUUGGCCGUUGGCCUCCGAACAUAUGCUCGUGCCGUGUUGAUUCGCCAAUUUGGCAUGGACGACUAUGCCGCCGUCAUUGCUCUUGUUUUUGCUAUGGGCAGUGGUAUCAUGGUGGCUUCAAACACCACCUAUGGUGCUGGUCGCCACAUGGGCGAUCCCAAGAUCGAUUGGACCGAGUUGCCAAAGUAUUUCAGGACAUUCUACAUCUCCAUCGUCCUUUACAACGCGUCCUUGACGGCAAUCAAGCUCACUUUCCUACUCCAGUACUACCGAGUUCUGGGAACACGACAGAUGCGCAAGGUUGUCGUCUAUGCACUGAUAUUUGUUGCUAUGUGGUCCAUCUCGCAGCUGCUCAUCGUCAUCUUCUCCUGCACCCCGAUCGAGAAGUUUUGGCUCGGAGACUCGAUCCCGAACGGGCACUGCAUGCCCAACUUGCCCUUCUGGUACAUAAAUGCGGCUGGCAACAUUGUUACCGACGUCCUGAUCUUCAUUAUCCCCCUACCGGCGCUGGGAAGUCUCAAUCUUCGGAAGCAACAGAAAAUAGCACUCAUUGGCGUCUUCUGUCUUGGUUUCUUUACCUGUGCCAUCUCCAUCAUCCGCAUCCAAUAUCUCAAGCUCAGCGAUGACACCACUUGGGACAACGUCGACUCCUCCUGCUGGUCCGUCUCAGAACUCGGUUCUGGCAUUGUCUGCUCCUGUCUACCUACGCUUCGUCCUCUGCUGUCGCACGUCAUGCCUGGCAUGGGCUCUCACAGCGCCCCGAGCCACGCCAAGUACGUCCACCACUCGUCCGGCCGGGACGUCACCGAGGGCAGCACCAGCGGUCUUGGUAGCAAGCCCAAAUCCGGCAAGUUUGGUAGCCGUAGCGUCGUAUACCCGGAGGAAGUCGAGCUCCAAACCAAAUCUGGCAGCCAGGACCAACUGGAGAAGCACGCGGCCGUGAUCGCUCACACAGCAGUUCCUGUACAACACGGAGGACACCACUCAAGGACGGCAAGCAAGGAUCUAUUUGACCGGUCGCCGUCGCAAAACCGCGGCCCCGGGGUAACACGUGCAGAAAAAGGCGGUUACUUGUCACCUAAUCAACUUGGUCUGCUGCCGACGGUGCGGACAGAAAUCAGGGUUGGGUCGCAGCAGCAGCAGUCGAGGUGGGCGGGACCGAUGGAAGGGACAAUUGCUGUGAAGCAUGAUUUGGUGGUUACCCAGGAUUAUAACUAACCAAGUUUUCAUUCUUCUGUGCUCGAAUAAUAUAAUUUUCCUUUGUCCUCAAACUAUUCUGCGUGAUUUCUUCCUUGACGGCGAGCGCUCAUACCUAGGUAGCCAGCCUGUUUUCCUAAACUUGCGACGACACC